CGUCAGGAUGGAGCUGAGAUGGCCUUAGGAGGUGUCUGAGGGAGCCAGCACACUCGCUGUUUCCUUAGUGAAACGACAGCUGACGGAGUAAUCCUGCAUGAACAAUGUGAGCGUCACAUAGGCGCCCAACGAGACAUUACCUAAACGACUGGGCCGCUUUCUUGGAUCGACCUCCUGAAAUUUAACUUCUCAAGAUGAAGUUUUUAUUGGCGAUUGCCUUUUUCAUUUUGCUCUCCUUAUGGGUUGAAGAAGUCCAUUCUAAAGAAAAGUCUUCAAAGAAAGGAAAGGGGAAAAAGAAGCAAUACCUUUGCCCAUCUCAGCAGUCGGCUGAGGACCUUGCCCGCGUGCCUGCCAACUCCACCAGCAACAUCCUGAACCGGCUGCUGGUCAGUUAUGAUCCUAGGAUUAGACCCAACUUCAAAGGCAUCCCUGUCGACGUGGUAGUCAAUAUUUUUAUUAACAGUUUUGGAUCCAUUCAAGAGACAACAAUGGACUACAGAGUCAACAUCUUCCUGAGGCAGAAGUGGAACGACCCCCGGCUGAAGCUCCCCAGUGACUUCCGGGGCUCCGACGCACUGACAGUGGAUCCCACCAUGUACAAGUGUUUGUGGAAGCCCGACUUAUUUUUCGCGAAUGAGAAGAGUGCGAAUUUCCACGACGUCACGCAGGAGAACAUCCUCCUCUUCAUCUUUCGGGAUGGAGACGUCCUCGUCAGCAUGCGGCUGUCCAUCACCCUGUCCUGCCCCUUGGACCUGACGCUGUUCCCCAUGGACACGCAGCGCUGCAAGAUGCAGCUGGAGAGCUUCGGCUACACCACCGACGACUUGCGCUUCAUCUGGCAGUCAGGCGACCCGGUGCAGCUGGAAAAGAUCGCCUUGCCGCAGUUCGACAUCAAGAAGGAGGACAUCGAGUACGGCAACUGCACAAAGUACUACAAAGGCACAGGGUACUACACCUGCGUGGAGGUCAUCUUCACCCUGCGCAGGCAGGUGGGCUUCUACAUGAUGGGCGUCUACGCCCCGACCCUGCUCAUCGUGGUGUUGUCCUGGCUCUCCUUCUGGAUCAACCCGGACGCCAGCGCGGCCCGCGUGCCCCUGGGCAUCUUCUCGGUGCUCAGCUUGGCAUCCGAGUGCACCACGCUGGCUGCAGAGCUGCCCAAGGUGUCCUACGUGAAGGCCCUGGACGUCUGGCUCAUCGCCUGCCUGCUCUUCGGGUUUGCGUCCCUGGUGGAGUACGCCGUUGUCCAGGUGAUGCUGAACAACCCCAAGAGGGUCGAGGCUGAGAAGGCCAGAAUCGCCAAGGCGGAGCAAGCAGAGGGGAAGGGCGGGAGCGCGGCCAAGAAGAGCACAGUGAACGGUACAGGGACUCCUGUCCACAUCAGCACCCUGCAGGUUGGCGAGACCCGGUGUAAGAAGGUUUGCACGUCGAAGUCUGACCUGAGGUCUAACGACUUCAGCAUCGUGGGAAGCCUCCCCAGAGAUUUUGAGCUCUCCAACUACGACUGCUACGGAAAGCCCAUCGAGGUCAGCAACGGACUCAGCAAGUCCCAGGCCAAGAACAACAAGAAGCCGCCCCCCGCCAAACCCGUCAUCCCCACGGCGGCCAAGAGAAUCGACCUGUACGCACGGGCACUGUUCCCCUUCUGCUUCCUGUUCUUCAACGUCAUAUACUGGUCUAUAUAUUUAUGACACCCUUCCAUGCGUAGAAACGAAGGACCCAUCUCAUUGUGCCCAGCCCACUCAUCAACUCCAGUCUGUGAACACGUUUGUUCUCAUAGCAAUACACCGCAUCCGAACGCUCCGACUGUAAUGAAUGCGGCCCCUACCUGGAAUGGCAGCAUGAGCUUGUACCGCGUGUGCCAAUCCUGAUGUACAUACGUAGCACGAGCAUCCUGCUUUAGGGACACGCGGAGGCUAAGCAUACCACACGCCAAGACGUCACGCCAUCUCUCAGUGUCAGCUGCAGACAACUCAGAUCCUGACGCCGUGCACGCCAAGUCCCGUGACGGCCACCAGGCCGGUGUGUGUCCUUCCUCGUCACUUUCCGAGAAAGCUGUCUGACUCUUGUGUAAUUUAGGUGGAGUUGUCACAGACUAAGCAGAGUUGUACUGCAUAUUGUUUCAACUUUGUAAGUAGAAAUAUAUCGGUUAUAUUUAUGUGGGCUCUGUGGAGAAAUAAAGUUUAAAACUUAUCAAUUUGUAAAAUCAGCUCACUUUAAGGAAUGCUUGUGUUGUCUAAAUGGCAGAAAGUAAAAUAUAGUAAGUAUUUUUGAAACAAGGGGAAAUCUGGACUUAGGUAAAAAUGCACUGAAUCCUGACUUCUGAUAAAAUAUAAAUACAUAGAGAUAGAUGCAUUGACGAAAUACUUAGGAUAAAAAUUCUAUUUAAUCCACCAUAAAACCUAAAUAUAUUUUCAUCGAUUUCAUUUGUUGAUAGAGUAUCAAAAGCAUUGUGCCUUACAAAGAGUCAUAUAUAUUUUAAAGUGGAAGCAGUAACAGAUAUGUGAUUUCAGACCAUUUUUAUGAAAGCAAGGGGAGGACUAAAGGUGACUUGAGCUGGGAAAAGAAGCCCACGCUCAUUGAAGGAGUUCGGCUUUUCUUCACUAAGAUGCAUACACACCUUUAAGAGAGAUUGAAAAUGUUCCCAUUUUCCUUGAGUAUUUGUGGCUAUCUUACAAACAUUCAAAGAUUGGGUGAGUACUGUUUGUUUGUGGUAGACUUCACUUCCGUAUGUCCUUUCUUUCUUGCUAAAAGUCUGGACAACUGAGAUUUUUCUUACUUUGAUCUCAUUUCAAGCCUCACUCAUGAGACCCACUUCCUGACACGGUCGUGGCCCACCCCUUCAUCCUGCCGUAGCCAGCCAGAGCGACCAGUGACCCAGCGAACAUAACCCUAGGACCAAAGAAGUCUGUGUCUGUUACUCUCAUUGUAUCUGGACCUAAUGGCCAAUUCUUAAUAACAUGUGUUGAAUAUUGUCUAUGCCAAGUGCCACAUGUAGCUGAACGCUGUUCAGGUCUGGAAGUCUUGUCUUUGGUCGUUUUAGGAAUGGGGUCUGACCCGACCUCCACAGCCCUCCAGCACCCUCUAGUUGCAAGAGCGCGCUCGUCCCGGUAAAAUGCCACAGGUGACCGCGGUGGAAUCGUCCUCAGACUCCACAAUAGAGCUGAGUGGCAAGUGUCUUUAGUCGGAGUUACAUCGUUUUCAGGUUUAUUUGUAAUACAUUUGCACAUAAUCUGUUUUUCUAUUUUUUAUUUUUCUAAGUUCUAUUUAUGUUGGAGAGUUAGAUUUAAAUGCAGAGUUUUAAGGGGAAGAUGUAUGCCAUCACAAGUCUCAUUAUAUAGGAAUUCCUCUGUGGAAACCGAGGAGAAUGAACACCUUUCCUGCAAUGUGACUUGGACCCUGCUGACAUCAGCUCCAGUGCCUACACAGGUAGCUGGCAGCCCCAGGACUAAGGGUGUAUCUCAAGCUACAAACAGAACCUUAGGCCAUGACACCGCAAAGAACGACUCGUGUCCACUGGUAUUUGAGUUGUGAUUCUUCUUUCAGAGGUUUAGUCACCUGAUUUCAGGGCAGUUCUGGUCCGUGUGCUUUAAUAUUAUGUAUUUCUCGGGAAUCUGUGGUGUGUCUGCCCGGAGGGUCUGCUGAUACCUCAACUUCAGUGUCUUCAGAAUAAAAACUGUCUCCUCAAAAACCAA